AUGUCCUCCUCGACUGGUGAAAUUGCUUCAUGCGAACAUGGUAUCUCUACACGUCCUAUAAUCAUAUCCAUUGCAAAUAUUAGAGUAUCCAUCCCAGUGUCCACGAACAACGAUGAAUGGAUUGCAGCUGAAGUUCUUAGAGAUGACUUCACUCAAUCUCAGACCCAAUUAGAUGCCCUGGAUAACACUGCUGAGCUUGAGAGCGCUGCAGAGGCUACAACAGACUUAUUUGCCCGUUUCCUUGCCUUUAUCUCGCAGAAGAUAAAUAGUGAAUCCCAAUGCGCGAAAGCACGCACGUCGCUUCUUUUCAAUGUCCUUUCUCAUUUCGUCUCCACCUACCUUACGGAGAAGGACGUGCAUUCUUUCGUAUUGUCUUUUGACACGGAAGUGCAGCAGACGGUGCUUUCUUCCUACUACCUAGCUCGUGCAACUCUCGAAGCCCAAGGGGUUUCUGAUAUUCCCAGUGCACCUCCUUCAGCUCUUCUUACAGCGGCAACCAAAGGCGACGCCUCUAUAUAUGCACUUUUUGGUGGUCAGGGUACCAAUGAAGUGUACUUCGACGAAUUCCAGACUCUUUACGACACCUACAAACCAUACGUAGCUCCCCUUAUUACUGCGAUCUCCAACGAAAUCCUUAAACCUCUUGCCUUGGAGCGCGAAUCAACAAAUUUCUACGCGUAUGGUCUGGACGUCAUUUCAUGGCUAUCUGGUACCGUGCCUCGCCCGCCUGUUGCUUACUUGGCCUCGGUUCCCAUUUCCCUACCUCUCAUCGGACUGACGCAGCUGGUCCAAUAUUCUAUCGUAUGUCGCAUUUCUGAGCUCACGCCUGGGGAGCUUCGUCAGCGCAUUUCGGGUACAACUGGGCAUUCUCAAGGUGUCGUCUCUGCAGUUGCCAUAUCCGCAUCGAGUACUUGGGAGUCUUUUACAAUCAACGCAAAGAAAGCUCUUCGCUGGCUCUUCUUCUGUGGUCUUCGCGGGCAGGAAGCUUUCCCUGUCUUAGCACUCGAGCCAGCCAUAGUUCAGGAUUCGGUUGAUGGUGGUGAGGGUACCCCCACUCCCAUGUUAUCGGUCAACGGCCUUCUCGUCAAGGAACUUGAGCAACAACUACUCAAGACUAACAAACACCUUCCUGAGAACUCACAGCUGUCUGUGUCUUUGUACAAUGGUGCAAGGAACUUCGUUGUUACCGGUCCUCCACGAGCUCUCUACGGUCUUGUGACCAACUUGCGUAAAGUGCGCGCGGCCUCUGGAGAAGAGCAGAGCAAGAUUCCGUUCUCUCAAAGGAAACCAUCGUUCUCUGUCCGGUUCUUGAUGGUGAAUGUGCCAUACCAUAGCGCGUAUUUGAGUCCCGCAACCGAUAAGCUUUGUGAUGAAGAUUUGGGUGGUGAAGAGCUGUGGAAUGUAGAGGAACUAGGAACCCCGGUGUUUAACACUGAAGAUGGUUCUGACAUGCGUUCAUUAUCGACGUCCAUCACGCGCUCCCUAUGUGAGCAGAUCUUCACCCAGCCGAUUCAUUGGAAUGUGGCGACCAAUUUCCCUGAAACGGCAACGCAUGUUAUCGACUUUGGUCCUGGUGGGAUGAAUGGCAUGGGCAUUCUCACUUCACGUAAUCUGGACGGGCGAGGUGUACGGGUUGUCGUUUUGGGAGACAAGGGUCGCGGUGAGGCGGAACUUUUUGAUACUCAGGCGAUUAAGUACGAGGAGUGGUGGAGUAAGAAGUAUGCGCCUAAGCUUGUGCAAACAGGCGAUGGCACGAUUCACCUUGAUACGCCUUUCUCCCGUCUCUUGGGUAAACCUCCGAUCAUGGUUGCUGGUAUGACACCUACCACUGUCAAAGCCGGUUUCGUUAGCGCAGUCCUUGCGGCUGGGUAUCACGUGGAGCUCGCCGGUGGAGGGCAUUACAACCCAGCGGCCUUACGUUCCAAAGUCGCGGAAAUCCAAAGCAAGAUUCCAGCUGGCGUUGGUAUCACUCUUAAUGCUCUGUACAUUAAUCCUCGGCAAUUCGGAUUCCAGUUCCCUCUUUGGCAAGAGAUGCGGAAAGAGGGAUUGCCGGUUGAAGGAUUUUGUGUUGCUGCCGGUAUUCCGAGCACUGAGAAGGCCGUUGAGAUUAUCGAAGGCUUACGGAGUGCUGGAAUUAAGCAUGUUGCAUUCAAGCCUGGAUCCGUUGAGGGUAUUAACCAGGUAGUGAACAUUGCCGCCUCGAAUCCCGAUUUCCCUAUCAUUUUGCAGUGGACGGGUGGACGUGCCGGAGGGCAUCACUCUUACGAAGAUUUCCAUCUUCCCAUCUUGAAGACUUACAGCUCUAUUCGUCAGUAUGAUAACAUCUGCCUCGUUGGUGGAUCUGGCUUUGGUGGAGCAGAGGAUGUCUGGCCCUACCUGACGGGUGAGUGGUCGGUCGACCACUAUGAUGUGCAACCUAUGCCUUUCGACGGAUUCCUUUUCGCAAGUCGGGUUAUGGUCGCUAAGGAAGCCCAUACCAGUUCGUCAGUGAAGGAUUUGAUAGUGGCUGCCGCUGGUGUCGACGACAAAGACUGGGAAGGCACAUAUGUGAAACCUACUGGUGGAAUCCUGACGGUCCGCUCUGAGCUUGGAGAACCUAUCCACAAAGUCGCAACUCGUGCUGUGAAGUUAUGGAAAGAAUUUGACGACACUGUUUUCAAGCUGCCCAAAGAGAAGCGUGUUGUGUGGUUGGCUGAGCACAAGGACGAGGUUAUUAAGAAGCUCAAUAACGAUUUCGCCAAGCCUUGGUUCGGAUGGAAGAAGGAUGGCUCUGUCGCUAAGGAUUUAGCCGACAUGACUUACGAAGAAGUUGCUCUCCGCAUGAUUAGGUUGAUGUACGUUGGACACGAGCAGCGAUGGAUUGACACGAGUUUGAGGAAUUUGACGGGCGACUGGUUGAGACGUGUAGAAGAGCGUUUUGCUGGAGUCAAUGGAGGUGGAUUGAAGCCGAGCAUCAUUCAAAGCUUCGUGGCCCUCGACGAGCCAUCUGCUUUCAUACAACAAUUCUUCGACAAAUAUUCGGCCGCAAAGGAGCAGUUGCUCGCUGCUGAGGAUCGUGCUUACUUCUUGACAAUCUCUCAACGUCCUGGCCAGAAACCGGCACCUUUCAUUCCUAUUCUUGACGCUAGCUUCGAGGUUUGGUUCAAGAAGGACUCUCUUUGGGCAGCCGAGGAUAUCGAGGCUGUGUUUGACCAGGACCCACAGCGUGUGUGCAUCCUUCAAGGACCCGUCGCGGUGAAAUAUGCAAAGGUCAAGGAUGAACCAAUCAAGGAUCUGCUAGGCAACAUCAACUCUUCUCUCAUUGAGAAGCUUCUGAAACGAUCAUAUGGAGGCAACAAGGACGACGUGCCUGUUGUGGAUUAUUUAUCAGCGAAACCCCCUGUCGUGCAAAGGCCCGCAGGUAUUCAGAUAGAAGAGACUGAGGACGACAUUACCUACACUCUUAAUGGCGAGCUACCAGAGACGUCCACCUGGUUGCAAUACGUUGCUGGAUCGGAACUGACGUGGUUGAAGGCCUUGUUAACUUCGAAAAUCAUUGUUCAAGGAACUGCAUAUAUCGAGAAUCCUCUCCGUCGCGUCCUCGCUCCACGUCAAGGGCAAAAAGUGGUCGUGGAAUUAGAUGACUCGCAACCCACAUCAUUGACCGUAUAUGGCGCAGCACGUUCACAUGGAUCCCAUAAGCCAGAGUUCAAGGCGGUUGAAAUCAACUACGACGAGGAUACCGAGAUGAUCGAUGUUACUUUCUUCGAAGAUAGGCGAGAUGUUUCCGUGCCUCUAUCGCUUCAGUACAAAUAUGUUCCUUCGAUGGGAUCAAUGCCGAUCCAUGAAGUCGCGGAAGGUCGCACGAGGCGAAUCAAGGAGUUUUACUGGAAAUUGUGGUACGGUGAUGAUGAAGUUCUUCCCGAAAUCGAUCUUCGCGACACAUUUGUUGGUCCUGACGUUACAAUUAAAUCUUCUGACAUCGAAACUUUCUGCGCUGUCGUUGGGAACCAAGGGGAGGAAUUCAAGACAACGAGGACCAGCAUUGUGAAGGCACCCAUGGACUUUGCUAUUGUCACAGGGUGGCAGGCGAUCAUGAAAUCUAUAUUCCCUGCUGCCAUUGACGGAGACUUGUUGAAACUUGUGCACUUAUCGAAUGGCUUCCGUAUGGUGGAUGGCGCGCAGCCUCUACUUGCCGGUGAUGUUUGCACUGCUCAUGCUCGCAUCGCAUCCGUUAAGAAUACGGACGCCGGAAAAGCAGUUCAAGUGAAGGGUUAUGUAUAUCGUGGUGGCCAAGCGGUCAUCGAAGUUGUGUCGUCCUUCCUUUAUCGUGGCCGCUUCGUUGACUACGAGAAUACUUUUGAAACUGUGGAUGAGCCCGAUUAUGUUGUGGAAGUUGUCAACGAUGCCGCAGUUGGAGUGGUUCAAUCGAAAGAGUGGUUCCAAUGGGAUGACGAAACAAAGCCUCUCCAAGCUGGAACGACCUUGGUUUUCCGUAUACAAUCUGCCGUAACAUUCAAAGACAAAACUUCCUAUCGUGAUGUUGCUGUGACAGGUGAUGUCUUCGUGCGCGACCAUUUGAAGAGGCUGAACAAGGUGGGCUCCGUCGAGUUUGAACAGGAGGGAUGCCAAGGCAACCCUGUCCUUGCGUAUCUUCAACGUCAUGGAAAUCCUGAGGGCCGCUUAACGCCUCUGACCAACGAAGGUUAUACCAUGUCUAACACUGUCUCCACGGUGUUCAGCACCCCUUUCACCAAUGAACCGUAUUCGAAGAUUUCCGGUGACUUCAAUCCCAUUCAUAUCAAUCCUUAUUUCUCGGAUUAUGCUUCGCUUCCUGGUACAAUUACCCAUGGAUUAUGGUCAAGUGCUGCUACCAGGCGUUAUGUUGAGAAUAUCGUGGCGGAAGGAAAUGCGGAUCGUGUUGUGGCUUAUGAUGUGACUUUCGUUGGAAUGGUGCUACCUGGUGACGAACUUCGAGUGAAGAUCCGCCACAUUGGUAUGCGUGACGGUAACAUGGUCGUGAAAGUGGAAACUAUCAAUCAGCGCGACGAAAAGGUACUUGAAGGCUCCGCGGAAGUUGCGCAACCCGCAACAGUGUAUGUCUUUACUGGUCAAGGCUCCCAAGAGCCCGGCAUGGGCAUGGACCUUUACAAUAGCUCUCCCGCUGCACGGGCCGUUUGGGAUGGAGCUGACGCACAUUUGCUUGCGGUAUAUGGCUUCUCCAUCAUCGAAAUUGUCAAAGACAAUCCCAAGGAAAAAACAAUCCAUUUCGGAGGCAUGAAGGGUCAGGCUAUUCGCCAGCGGUACAUGGACAUGACGUACGACACUAUGGAUAAAGAUGGAAAUGUGAAGACGCUCCCCCUCUUCUCAGACAUUGAUGUCCGUACUCCCAAGUACACAUUUAGUCAUCCCAAUGGUCUUCUCUUCGCCACUCAAUUUGCUCAGAUUGCCCUAGUCGUCACAGAGAAAGCUGCAUUUGAGGAUAUGCGUGACAAAGGCUUUGUCCAGAAAGAUUGUGCAUUUGCUGGCCAUUCGUUAGGCGAGUACUCUGCCCUGGCGUCCAUCGCAGAUGUACUACAUAUUUCCGCUUUGGUGGAUGUCGUGUUUUAUCGUGGUAUAACUAUGCAACGGGCGGUUGAGCGCGAUGCUGAGAACAGGUCGAACUAUGCCAUGUGUGCAGUGAAUCCCAGCCGGAUCUCAAAAACAUUCUCAGACGCUGCUCUUCGCGAAGUGGUUGACACUAUUGCCUCGCGUACUGGAUCGCUGUUGGAGAUUGUUAAUUACAACGUGGAGGGUCAACAAUAUGUUUGUGCUGGAGAGCUUGUUGCUUUGCAAACGAUGACCAAUGUACUCAACUAUCUGAAAAUCCAGAAAAUUGACAUCGCAAAACUUACUGAAUCGUUCUCUGUUGAGAAAGUAAAGGAAAUGCUUGGUGACAUUGUCAUGGAAUCCUUUGGUCGUGCCAAAGAGCAACAAGUCGCUGAAGGCUAUAUCAAGUUGGACCGUGGGUUUGCUACUAUUCCUUUGGCAGGCAUCGACGUGCCUUUCCACUCGCGCUAUCUGUGGGCAGGUGUUAUGCCCUUCCGUGCUUAUCUUUCGAAGAAAAUCAAUGCUUCGUUGCUGAACCCAGACAUGCUAAUUGGCAAAUAUAUUCCUAAUCUUGUCGCUCGUCCUUUCGAUAUCACACGCGAAUACGCUCAGCUUAUCUACGAUCAAACAUCUUCUCCCCGCCUUGAUAAGGUCUUGAAGAAAUGGGACCAGGAGAACUGGGACUCGGCAGAACAACGUCAAAAGUUAGCGUACACCAUCCUGGUCGAGCUUCUGUCAUAUCAGUUUGCUUCGCCUGUCCGUUGGAUCGAGACUCAAGACCUUCUUUUCACUCAUUUCUCUUUCGAACGUCUCAUCGAACUGGGCCCCUCUCCUACUUUGACCGGCAUGGCAGCUCGCACACUAAAGGCCAAAUAUGAGUCUCAGGACGAUGCAGUCAGCCGUAAACGUUCCAUUCUCUGUCAUGCCAAGAACGCUCGUGAGAUUUACUAUCAAUUCGAGGAUGAGGUUGCCGAGCCGACCGCAGAGCCAACCCACGAAGCGGCACCUGUCGCCGUUGCAUCACCUGUUCCUGUUCCUGCGUCGUCUCCUGUCACCUCCAGCGGCCCUGCCGCUACUAUAGAAGAUGUACCUAUCAAAGCUUCUGAGAUCCUGUUAUGCAUCAUCGCUCAGAAACUGAAGAAGAAGGUCGAGGAAGUCCCCCUCACUAAAUCCAUCAAGGAUCUUGUGGGAGGCAAGUCCACGCUUCAAAAUGAGAUCCUCGGUGAUUUGCAGUUGGAGUUUACUUCGGCUCCUGAGAAAGGGGAGGAACUACCGUUGGAUGAGCUCGGUUCGGGCCUUGGAGUGGGUCAUUCCGGUGCUUUGGGCAAAUACACUUCUGGUCUGGUUUCCCGUCUUAUCGGUGGUAAAAUGCCCGGUGGAUUCAAUUCGUCUGCAAUCAAAGGCCACUUGUCGAAGACGUGGGGAAUAGGGUCAUCCCGAGCCGAUGCAGUUCUUCUUCUCGGAACGACGAUGGAACCACCCAAACGCCUUGGUUCAGAGGGCGAGGGUAAAGCAUGGCUUGAUGUCGUUGUUGCUGCAUAUGCUCAGCGUGCGGGUAUCUCUUUGUCAAGCGGCGGGGCAGGUGGAGCAGGUGGCUCUGCUGCUGCUGGCGCCACUAUCAACAGCGAGGAGUUCUUGAAGUUCAGAGCAGAUCAAGAGCAAUUUGCUGCGCAGCAUGUUGAGCUGUACAUGCGCUACCUCAAUCGUGAUUCGCGUGCUGGAGAAAUCGCCUAUGAUAAAGAGAAAGCAAAUGCCUCUCAACUGCAAGCUCGUCUGGAUGCUAUUGCGAAGGAACACGGUGACUCAUAUAUUGAUGGUAUUCAGCCCAUCUUCGAUCCUUUGAAAGCUAGGCAUUUCGAUUCGUCUUGGAACUGGGUCCGUCAAGAUGCCCUUGUGAUGUACUACGACAUUAUUCAUGGUCGUCUCACUACGGUUGACCGAGAAAUCACGGCUCGUUGUAUAUCUUUGCUCAAUCGUGCGGAUCCCGAACUCCUCGCAUACAUGCAGUAUAACAUCGAUCAGUGCGACCCUGGUAAGGGCGAAACAUAUGCCCUCGCGAAACAAUUUGGUCAACAGUUGAUUGACAACACCAGAGAAGUACUAGGGCAGCCGCCUGUUUACAAAGAUGUCACUUUCCCCACUGCUCCUCACACUGAAGUGACUGCCAAGGGAGAUAUCGUAUAUUCCGAGGUCGUUCGUGAGAAUGUGCGCAAGUUGGAAGCCUACGUCGAAGAGAUGGCAAGUGGCGAUACUAUUUCCACAGUGAAUAUUCAAAAGGUUCAGGACGAUGUCUUAAAAUUGUGGACAGUCGUGAAAUCGCAACCUGGCAUCAGUCAAGAUCAGAAAAACCGCAUCAAAGCUUUGUACGAGGGAGUCGUGCGUUCGCUGAGGAAAGGACCUGAACAGCCACGUUCACGCGUUCGUAGUCGCCGUUCAUCCUCACAAUUCUUGCGUCCACAAAUGUCCAGCGUAACCCCGGUGUCGGCUGACAAGGUCCCUCUUCUUCACUUAAAGCGUAAAGUUGGCACAAACUGGGAGUAUAGUAGUAACCUCACUGGCGUCUACCUCGACAUUCUGCACGAAAUCGCGACAUCGGGAACAACCUUUAAAGACAAGAAUGCUCUUUUGACUGGAGUUGGCAAAGGUUCAAUAGGUGUUGAGAUCCUCAAGGGAUUGUUAUCCGGAGGUGCUCACGUCGUCAUAACCACGUCACGCUACAACCGAUCCACAGUUGAAUACUACCAAUCCAUCUAUCAAACUUUCGGCGCUCGCGGCUCUGCGCUCACUGUCGUGCCAUUCAACCAAGGUUCUAAACAGGAUGUUGAAGCUCUUGUCGAUUAUAUAUACGCAACUCUGGGGCUUGAUCUGGAUUACAUUCUUCCUUUCGCUGCUGUCCCCGAAAACGGCCGAGAGAUUGAUGGGCUUGAUGACAAAUCUGAGCUAGCUCAUCGUAUCAUGCUGGUGAACUUGUUACGAAUUCUUGGUGCAGUGAAAAGCAAAAAAGCAUCGCGACAGUUCGUCACUCGUCCUACACAGGUCAUAUUGCCAUUAUCCCCUAACCAUGGUCUGUUCGGGAAUGAUGGAUUAUAUUCCGAGUCGAAGAUUUCUUUGGAAACUCUAUUCAACCGUUGGAACUCGGAGAGCUGGGGCGAAUAUCUUUGCUUGGCUGGUGCGGUCAUCGGUUGGACCCGUGGUACCGGUUUAAUGGACGCUACAAAUAUGGUUGCCCAUGAGGUAGAGAGCUAUGGUGUCCGCACGUUCUCUGCGAAGGAAAUGGCGUUCAAUAUUCUUGGCCUGAUGCAUCCGUUGCUUUUCAGUAUCACUCAAGUGGAGCCUAUAUGGGCAGAUCUCAAUGGAGGAAUGGAUCGCUUGCCUGACCUCGCUGACAUUACCACUCGCAUUCGUUCGGAUCUAAACAAGAAGAGCGAGCUUCGUCGCGCAAUUGCUCGAGAUAAUGCUGCUGAUUUCAAGAUCGUCAAUGGAGCUGAGGGCGAGCGUGUCCUCCAGACUGUCAAUGUCGUACCUCGCGCCAACUUCACCUUUGAUUUCCCUACCUUGGACUCAGCUGCGUCCCUGGAAGAUCUUGCUAAGCUGCGCGGCAUUGUCGAUUUGGAAAAAGUCAUUGUCAUUACUGGUUUUGCCGAAGUCGGACCUUGGGGUAGUUCUCGUACUCGAUGGGAAAUGGAAGCCCGAGGAGAGUUUACAAUUGAAGGUUGUAUUGAAAUGGCAUGGCUUAUGGGCCACAUCAAACACUUCGAUGGACGUCUGAAGAAUGGCUCUCUACACGUUGGGUGGAUUGAUGCAAAGAGCGGAGAACCCGUCGAUGACAAAGAUGUCAGGGGUCGUUACGAGAAAGAGAUACUAAGCCAUGCCGGUGUACGACUAAUCGAACCUGAGCUGUUCCGUGGUUAUGAUCCGAAGAAGAAGGUAUUCAAUCAAGAGAUUGAGCUUAUACAUGAUCUGGAGCCUAUUGAGGUUGCGCAGUCGGAGGCAGAGAAAUUCAAGUAUGAACACGGUGACAAGUGUGACAUCUGGACAGGGGAGGGUGAUCAAUGGUUUGUGAAGUUCAAGAAAGGCGCUCGCGUUUUCGUUCCGAAGGCCUUCAAAUUCAGUCGUCUCGUUGCUGGUCAGAUACCUACUGGGUGGGAUGCAGGCCGAUAUGGUAUACCCGCAGAUAUCAUAGCCCAAACCGAUAGGGCUACUCUGUGGGCUUUGGUCUGCACUGCAGAAGCCCUCAAUAUGUCUGGAAUUACCGACCCAUACGAACUAUACAAGUUCUUCCACCCGUCAGAAGUUGGCACAUGCAUUGGCAGUGGCAUGGGAGGCACUGAGAGUCUAGCUAAGAUGUUUAAGGAUCGUCGAGAGGAGAAAGACGUACAGAAUGACGUUUUGCAAGAAACUUUCAUCAACACAACAGCAGGUUGGGUUAAUCUCUUACUCAUGUCAUCGAGUGGUCCAGUUAAAAUUCCCGUCGGAGCAUGUGCAACUGCUUUACAAUCACUUGAGAUUGCGUGUGAUACGUUACUGUCUGGCAAAGCCAAAGUCAUGAUUGCUGGUGGAUUCGACGAUAUCAGUGAAGAAGGUUCUUACGAGUUUGCUAACAUGAAAGCAACAAGUAACGCCGAAACCGAAUUUGCAAUGGGUCGUGAGCCUACCGAAAUGUCUCGUCCUGCAACCACGACUCGUUCAGGGUUUAUGGAAUCGCAAGGUACUGGUAUCCAUAUCGUAAUGAAUGCCAAGACUGCCCUUGAACUCGGUGCUCCAAUCCGUGGUAUUCUUGCUUUUACUUCCACGUCGACUGACAAAGCUGGUCGAUCUAUUCCAGCUCCUGGUCGCGGCGCGCUUUCGGUUGCCAGAGAGCUCCCUUCGAAACAUCCUCUGCCAUUACUUGAUCUCGACUACCGUUCUCGUCAGCUCGCGUUCCGCAGGAAACAGAUUUCUCAAUGGCUGUCUCAUGAGCAUUCUCAGUUACGUGAAGAGAUAGACUUCCGCAAAGCUCAAAGUGAAGAAGUAGAUGAGGAGUACUUCUCUUCUCGUGUGGCGGAUAUCGAAAAGGAAGCUGCUCGUCAAGACAAAGAUGCCCUCGCGAUGUAUGGUAUGCUGGAAGGUACUGAUGCCCGCGUCGCUCCAUUGCGCCGCGCUCUCGCGGUUUGGGGACUGAAGGCAGACGACAUUGGUGUUCUCUCUAUUCAUGGCACCAGUACCGGAGCCAAUGAGAAGAAUGAGACAGAAAUGUGGAACAAUAUCUUGGCGACAAUUUCUCGCACGCGUGGAAAUGCCGUUCCUAUCAUGGCGCAGAAAAGUUUGCUUGGCCACUCGAAGGGUGGAUCUGCCGCUUGGCAAAUGGCUGGUUUGUUGCAAGCAGUCAACACAGGUAUUAUCCCCGGCAAUCGCAACAGCGACAACAUUGAUGCCCGGUUCGAGGCUCACCACUUGUUGAUGUUCCCUUCGAAAUCCAUUUUUACCGAUGGAAUUCGCGCUGGAGUAAUGUCGUCAUUUGGAUUUGGUCAAGUUGGUGGCACAGCCCUGAUUGUUCACCCACGAUACCUCUUCGCCGCCUUGGAGCCUUCAGCAUUCGAAUCGUACAGAAUCCGCAACCACGCACGUGCUCAGGAAGCCUACAAAGUUAUGACCGAGAUGAUGACCUCUAACUCACUCGUGAGGAUCAAGGAUGGCCCGCCUUACAGCCCCGAGCUAGAACAGCCUGUAUUAAUGAACCCCAUGGCACGAGCCUCAUUCGAUCCCAAGACCGGGAGCUAUUCUUACCAGGCAAAGCUUAACAAGAGUGUUCCGUUUGAUGUUGCCAACGUCAAAGUGGUGUCCGACUCUUUGGGUCCCGAUGGAUCUGCCAAGGGUGUCGGUGUUGACCAAGAGUUAAUAUCUUCUGUGCCUUCAUGGAACCCGACAUUCGUUGAGCGAAACUAUACUGAUGCUGAAGCCACUUACUGCCGCUCCCAACCUUGUCCUGCCUCGUCUUUUGCCGCUCGCUGGGCAGGCAAGGAAGCCGUCUUCAAGUCGCUUGGCGUACAGUCUAAGGGUGCCGCUGCAGGUAUGAAAGAUAUAGAAAUACUGCCCAAUGAAUCGGGUGUCCCUUCUGUUACUCUACACGGCGAAGCCAAGGCUGCUGCUGAGCAAAAUGGCAUCAAUCGUGUCUUGAUAUCCUUGAGCCACUCCGAGACUGUUGCAAUUGCUUUUGCCCAGGCUUCAUAGACAUGAUUAUUUUCACUCUCAUACGGUUUUGGACUUUGGAUCACGACAUAAUGAAUUUUGACUUUUAUUGCUAUGCUGUUGUACUUUCAAUCCGUUGCACUGAUAUGAUAUAGAUAUAUGUAAAUGACGUUAUAAUUUUUCAAUAACAUUCUUAGUUUCUACACAUCGAGCGCUGACAAUAUCUGAGCAAUUCGUGGUGGAACACGAUGUUCAACAUGCUACUGGUCUGAGAGCUGGGGAUAGAGUCCUUCCUUGACUAUAUAUUCCGCCACACUAUUUGGCACCAGAUUCUUCCAGUCAAGAUCACCGCCACUGCUUUUAUUUCGGACUUCACUCGAGCUAAAUGUGCGUACGUCUUUAUUGAUGUCGAUCAAUGCGACAUGGUCUUUCCCUAUAAAUUCCUUUACGAACGUAAAGGUCCUCGACUCAAGCUCCUCUUGAGCUUCUCGAUCGACACCAGAAGAUAGGCGACGUGCACAUACGACUCGGGAGUCAUCGCUUUCGGUUGCAAAGUAAAACCGGGGAGAAAGAAGCCGAACCAAAGUAUCGAAACCAAGAAGAAAUGUAAGUUGAGGUUUAGGAACAGUAGAGCUGAUUGAAGGCAAAGCAAUGGCAGUAUCGUUCAAGGCCGAAGGCUUUGCUGAUGAACUUAAUGAAAUACCAGACAUGCGCGAGUGAAGGAAGGUGAGCAAAGUAGUUGAUUUCCCAACAAAUGUGGGCUCGUCAAUAAUGGCUAUUGCGACGUUCGCAACCUCGGAUGGUGAAGUGCUACCCUCUGAAUUCGGAUGUGAGAUAUGUCCGGCUAAUAGGUAUAUCAUCUCAAGACGCUGAAUAUACGAAGCAUCCCCACGAUUCAACAGUUUGUCGGCAUUGCGCACAGAUAGCAACAGAAGCUUUGCAUCGUAGUCUCUCGCCGAGAGCUCGGGUAGCACACUGGAUGAAACAGAAUAUUCAGAAUAAAGAGGGGGCUGUGUGUUUGCUAAGGCGAGAUGAGCCAAUGUCGGGGGAUUAAAGGAGGAGUCCAAAACUGAAAUCCUUAGCACUGGUUUGGGAGGAAUGUGAUUGGAGUCAUUGGACGGAAAUGGCCAGCGGUCAUGAGACGUAUAAACCAGUUCCACAGCUGAUGACCCACGCUGAAUACGGUGGAGCAAGGCAGAAGCGCGACUUGAGAACGCUGGCGGUAAUAAUGAACCAGACAUCACUGAUAGGGCAUGUUUGUGAAAUGAAGAGUUAGCGUUCUGGUUGUGCUGUGUGGGACAC